UAUGGCGGAACCAAAGCUCAGUAAAGACGUGUAUAACGUCAAAAGUGAUGAUAAUGCCGACUCGAAGGAGCAUAUUUACCUUGAAGAAACAUUUUACAUUCUUACUAAAAAAAAGUCUGUGUUUCGUGUAAGGCUCACAUCAAAAGGGUUAUCAUUAAUAAAAGAAACCGACGACUGUUCAAAAGAGCAAACUAUACUAUUGCGGGAUAUCAUCGGCAGUAAAUGUAUGAGAAGUAAGAGACGUCGUGUUGGAGCCAGAUCUUGUAUUUGCAGUUCAUUUGUGGGUCACCAACAGCUCAAGGUAGUAGAUGAAAACAGUGGUGACCUUGAUGAAAGCGAUAUCAGUGCGUAUCUUUAUAUAUACGCUUAUAAUUUAAAGCGCAGUCGCCGUAGUUUCAAACGAGAGAGAACAACAAUAACACUAAGGUUCAGGUCUUACGAUAAAUAUGAAGAUAAUAAUAGGGAGGCGCAAAAGUGGCGAACAACAAUAAAAUGUUUAUUAGCAGAUCAGCCGAUUACUUACACCUUACCUUACAAUGAUAAGAAAUUAUUAAUCCUGUUGAAUCCAAAGUCUGGCCCGGGGAAGGCUAGAGAACUUUUUCAGACUAAAGCCGCUUCAAUUUUACAAGAAUCAGAUACACCUUACGAUCUUCAUGUUACCAAGUAUGCUCAAUAUGCUCGUGAAUUUGUGCGCACAAGAAAUGUUUACGCUUGGCGUGGAAUAGUGGCAGUGGGAGGUGACGGGGUUUUGUUUGAAAUAUUGAAUGGAAUGUUUGAGCGACUUGACUGGCAACAGGCUUUUGCUGAAGUUCCAUUAGCGAUUCUGCCAUGUGGUUCAGGCAAUGGCUUGGCGAGAACUAUUUGUCAUCACUACAAUGAACCCUACAUUCCUCAAAAUUUGACGGGAUUGACGAUGGCAAUUGCGAGAGGUAAAACAGCGCAUAUGGAUGUAGUCAGAGUGGAGACUAAAUCAAAAAUAAUGUUUUCCUUCUUAUCAGUCGGCUGGGGCUUAUUAUCAGACAUCGAUAUUGAGAGUGAAAGAUUAAGAGCAAUCGGAGGACAAAGGUUCACUAUUUGGGCGUUAGCAAGGCUGGUAGGAUUAAGGAAAUACAAAGGUGUGGUGAGUUACGCUAAAAUAAAGGAUGUGAGCAAUUUGCCGAAGCCGAAGCACCCUCUUAUGAUCAGCCAUAGCGUAAGUCAAGACGGCGCGCUGGACUCGCCGGAAGCUGACGCAUUUUUCGAUUGCGACGAAAAUAACGAAGUAUUUAAUAGCGUUGUUAACGGAAAACGACACCAACGUGUCGAUUCGUGGUACUCCGUAAAUUCUAGGAGAAGUGCAUUUUAUAGCACGAGAGGUUCGGAGUAUCAUAGUGUGACGAGUAGUGGUUCUGAAAUGCGUUCGCCUGUUCACGCGUGCAUGCACGGCCCCGCUUCCCACUUACCCUCCCUCAUGUCCCAAUUGCCGUCUCAUUGGGUACACGAGGAAGGCGAAUUUGUCAUGGUUUACGUUUCCUAUCAAUCAUAUAUUGGCGAGGAUUUACUAUUUGCUCCACGGUCCCACCUUUCAGACGGCGUCAUGUGGAUGCUUAUCAUCAAAGCUGGUAUAUCGAGAUCUCAAAUUUUAUCACUACUAUUAGGUAUGAGCCAGGGAAAUCAUUCCGAAAUAAACACGGAACAUAUUAAAAUGAUUCCUGUUAGUGCAUUUAGAAUAGUACCGGAGGGUUCAAAUGGCCAUCUCACGGUGGACGGUGAACUUGUCGAAUACGGUCCUAUUCAAGCUGAGAUAUUUCCGAACAUAGUAAAUCUCUUAGUGCCAGAUACAAAAUAACCUUUAGAUUAUUUCACAUGUGAUGUGUUGGCCUCUUUGACUGAUUUAGUUCGAUGAAACUUACCGAGCCGAUGUAUGUGCAAUAAAUGGUGUUAAAUAUUUUAAAUAGAAAAUAUUCUUAUAUCUAAAAAUGGUUGUGCCAGAAAUGAUGUUUAUAUUAUUUAAUACCAAAGUAAGAUAUUUAAGUACAAUCGAUGCCAUUCCAAUAUUAUUGUGAUUUAUAUUAUCAAUUCAAUAUUUUAAACACGAUGACUUUAACGUAUCCGUUUAAUAGCUAAAAUUGUGAUAAUAUUUUAAGUAAAUCGGUUCUGUCGAUGAUGGCAUCUAAUUGUUAUGACUAGUCAAAACUAUCGAAAUUUAAAACAGUGCCAAAUAUUCCGCACUUUAAAUAAUAUACUGGAAGGAAUUAUCAAUAAUUACUACUAAUAAUUUGUCAAUUCUUCUAAACAUGUUGCUCAAUAUAGGGCACUUGUAGGCAAAGACACAAACAACCUACUUAGCUAAAUGCACUUCAUAUUUGAUUUAUAGCUUAAAGCGAUUUGAUAAUAAAUUUUUUAAUUUAAACAUUCACAUUCAUUUUUUUUUGUAAAUGGAACGCCUAAUAAAUUUUGAUAAUAUUGAUUUCAAGUAAAAUAUUCUAAAGGUGUCUUUGCACAUUAGCACAAAAUUUGCCAAUCUUUUUCCUCUAUUAGCUCGCCGUAUCCAGUUUUGUCUACUUAUAGCAUAAAUAUU